UAUAAAUAGAAACAAAAUCGCAUUCUCUUCUUCCACCAAACCUUCUUCAUUAGAUAUUUUUUCAUUAAUAUUUCCCUGCAAACAAAACAGUUUUUAAUAGUUCAGAAAUGGAAGAAACGAAGGAUAGAAAAAUUGUAGUAGCCGUGGACGAAAGUGAAGAGAGCAUGAAAGCUCUUUCAUGGAGUCUUGACAAUCUUUUUCCAUAUGGUUCCAAUAAUACUCUCAUCCUCCUUUACGUCAAGCCCCCUCUUCCCGUUUACUCUUCCAUUGAUGCUGCAGGGUUUAUAGUGACCGGUGAUCCAGUUGCAGCCUUGAAGAAAUAUGAACACGAGCUCGUGGAAUCGGUCAUGGCUCGAUCUCGAACCGUCUACCAAGAUUUUGAGUCCGAUAUUAAUAUAGAGAGAAGAGUUGGAAGAGGAGAUGCUAAGGAAGUUAUAUGUAACGCAGUUCAGAAACUUAAGGCUGAUAUGUUAGUUAUUGGCACACAUGACUAUGGCUUCUUCAAAAGGGCUUUGCUAGGCAGUGUAAGCGAGUACUGCGCCAAACGAGUGAAGUGUCCCGUGAUUAUCGUGAAGAAGAAUGCUCAAAAUAAUUAGAACGCAAAAGUCAUUAAUCUUAUGAUUGUGUAUGUUUCAAAGCAAUUGAUGUAACAGAUAAAUCAAUCUUCAUAUGCAAUAAUAUAUGAUGACGCUUUUAUAUAGUAACUAGUAAUGGCUGAUUAUGAUAAUAAAAAUGAUUUAACAGAUAAGUGAUGACAAAAUAAAUAAAAUACUAUGAC